AUGGCAACAUUCACUCAAGCAGACAUCGAUCAGCGCAUCGCUGUCGCCCUCGCAGCAUACCAAUCCCAACAGUCAACUGCCAACCGACCCCUUCGCCUUGACAUCCCCGCUCCCGAACCCUUCAGCGGAAAAGCAGAGGACCUCAGACACUUCAUCCAAUGCAUCCUCUCCUACUUCAUUGCCUUCACUGUAGUGCUGAUGAGGAAGGAUCUGGGGAAAACAUGGGCGGACGCGUAUUACGAGAAGUUGGCAGGGGGAGUCCAGGUCUAUUCCACUUGGGCAAACUUCGUCGCCGCUCUAGAAGAGGUGUUCCCUGAGCACGGAACGCGAAUCAAGGCACAUCAAAUCCUGAUGAAACUGCCUGAACGACAGAAGGAUAGGAAGACAGUGCUCUCCCUCAGUAACUAUGUCACCCGCUUCGAGCAGCUAGCAUCAAAGGCUCAGCUCAAGGACGCUGAGGUCAAUGGCACCAACCGCGUCGAGAACGACUACCACACUCUCCAUGCCAAUUUCGUCAAAGGACUCCCAAAGGAGCUGCCUGGUACGACGAAGGACUAUGGUGAACCAAUGGAUAUCGAUACCGCUGCCGUCACAUCAACUUUCACCUCCACGUCGGGAGGAAGGAAGUGGGAACUAGGGGCUGUUCUCAACAAGGCCGAUCAGAAGCUCCACAGGGACGGAAACCUGUGCUUCUACUGCCACAUCAAGGGCCACAGCGCCAAGGACUGCCGCAAGAAAGCGGCUGCACGACAAGGGGGUGGGAGGCUGAACCAGGGAGGAUCUGGGAAGGAUGACUUCUGUGCCAGAAUCAAGGCACUUUCUGCUGACGAGAAGCGGGAGCUGUACGAAGAACUCAUGAUGGAGGAUUUUUGA